UCAUAAUGAGCAUGAUUUUAAUUGUUGAAUUACUCUUACUAUUGUCAUCAAUUGCACUGAUAACAAAUGCAAGUCAGUUACAGAAAAGCUGUAUUUCAGGGGGCAUGGAAAUCGAUGCUGGAAAGUUAUCAAAAACUACGUGGUAUUCUGGACUGAUGAAACAACGUCUAAGGUCUCUUGUGCCUGAUUCACUAAUAUCACGUCUACAGAAACUGGAUUCCAAGCUGUUUCAAAGGAAAAUGGGUCCAGAUAUGUUGAAUUUGAAUUUCAUGUUGACUAUGAAGGAGAUGGAACUUAUCAUAUUAGGAAAUCAGACGAUGAAUUUAUUCACCUCGAGCACGGAGAGGAAAUGAACGGACUUGCGAAUGAAGCGGUGUCAAAUAUGGGUAAAAUUACUAAUACAUGUACAUAUAUAAUAUAAUAUUCGAUAUAUAGAUAAAUUAUUAUUCUUUUGUUGGUCUGCAGUUAAACUCAUUUAAUUCUAUUUGUUUUAAUCAGACAACCUUUUAGACAAUGCAGCUAUAGUUUUUCUUUCUGACUAUGAAAAUUAUUUUGCGGCUUUGUUAUGUCCACUCGACAAAGGUAUGAAAACUUAUAUCAAACUUUUUAAGUACUGGAAGAUAUUGUAAAUUAAAUUACCAAGUCGAAGUAUUUGUUGUUGCAUCAUGAACUAGUACAAAUACCGGAAUAUAAAUACUCCUUCCAUUGAGUUCAAACGUUUGUUCUCUACCCAUUGUGGACAUGAACAGCAGUCUCGUUUUGCCUUAGCUAUAUAUAUAUGCAAGGUCUGGUGAUAUCAGAAUCUUAUCGAAAAAACUUGUGUGCUUUACUUUGUUCAGAUCAUCAGGUGAUUCGUGGAUUUUUUCCAAGUCCAAAUCCAACUUUGUGACAGGUUGCAGCCUUCAUUAACGUCUUGCAUGAUGUCGCAAUAUCUGCAAAAUUUUCUCCUUCAACAUGUCCAGAAACUGACUGAAGUCAUUAUUUGAGCUAACCAACUAUUAUUUAUCAAUGUUAGUUACAUAUCUAUAUA